AGGAUUGAUUUCUAUCUCUUGCGAUGCAAUGCAACUAAGUUGCAGGCUAUUUCUGGGUGGUGACACACUGAGCAACCCAUAAAUUGCCUCCAGUGUAACAUCGGCUUAACAAUGGGACCUUUUAGAAUGUUGAAGAAAUCCCAUGAAAAUGGUUGAGCGUUUUUUCAGGAGAUUAAAAAGCUUAAUAGUUCAAAAAGUCUGAUUAAUGAUGGGGAGGGCAGACCACGCCCCUGGACGCUCCGCGGUCUCCAUGUCUGCAGUGAAGAAACUAGUAGGUCUAUCGAGAUACCUCAACAAGUGCACUCUUGCUCCUUCUCUGUAGAUAAGAUGCUGAUUGGUUUAAAAAAAGAAGCAGAACCAACUUGGAGAGAGUUUUGAGGCACAACAAUGGCCUCUUGUGAAGGUGCCGGCUGUGACGACAGAGCCACCAUGGGUCGCAAAGAAAUAACCUGCAGUUGGAAGAAAGUCAUCAACAAUAUCAGAGAUGUGUUCGAAUUCAAAAAAGCGCUGGGAUCGGGUUCGUUCUCCGAGGUGUAUCUGGUGAGAGAAAAGAAGACUGGAAACCUCUAUGCCCUGAAGUGUCUGAAGAAAAAACACCUCAGCUGUAGCAAGCUAGAGAACGAGAUCACUGUGCUGAAGAAGAUAAGGCACGACAAUGUGGUUGGAUUGGAAGACUUCUAUGAAACUCGGACACACUACUACCUUGUCAUGCAGCUGGUGUCUGGUGGGGAACUGUUUGACCGUAUCAUAGAUCGGGGGGUGUACACAGAGAAGGAUGCCAGCUGUCUGGUUCACCAAGUGCUGGAGGCUGUCAACUACCUUCACGAGAACAGCAUAGUGCACAGGGACCUCAAGCCAGAGAACCUACUAUACUUCAACUCAGAUGAGAACUCCAAGAUCAUGAUCAGUGACUUCGGCCUGUCCAAGAUGUCCGACCACGGAGUGAUGUCCACGGCCUGCGGCACGCCAGGAUAUGUUGCCCCUGAAGUUCUGGCUCAGAAACCCUACAGCAAGGCAGUGGACUGCUGGUCCAUAGGAGUCAUCACAUACAUCCUGCUGUGCGGCUAUCCUCCGUUCUUUGAGGACAACGAGACACGUCUGUUCUCUAAGAUCAUGAGGGCCGACUACGCUUUCCACUCGCCCUUCUGGGAUAACAUCUCAGAGUCAGCGAAGGACUUCAUCCGGAACAUGAUGCAGAAGCACCCUAAGAAACGUUUCAGCACAGAACAGGCCCUCAGACACCCCUGGAUCAUUGGGAAGACAGCGAGGGAUCAGGACAUCUAUGAAUCAGUCAGCAUGCAGAUCCAGAAGAACUUUGCCAAGUCCAAAUGGAGGCAAGCCUUCAACGCCACGGCAGCCAUCAACCGCAUGAAGAAGCUGCAGUUGGCCCACGCCGACCCUGAUGCCCCUCUCCCACCUAUCCCCUGCAACUCCCAGAAUACUCAGCAGGGCGUCAACAACAUCACCGCCAAGGACACCAAUGGCAACCCCCCAAUCCCAGUGACCCCUCCGGAGGUGCAGUGCCGGGGCCUGAGAGCCAGUCACAGCGAGCCCAAGCACACGCCGGUCGUUAUGGAGACAUGUAACGCAGAGAAUUGUUCCUCAUUCGAGGCAGCUAAGAGCUGUGAUGCCAUUGACAGGGCGACCAAUAGGAAUGGGCACACCAUGCAGACUGGGGUGUGUUCUGUUAUGUGAUUGAUUGACCUAAGGAUCAAUUCAUUGGCUUAAAGGUAAAUAGGUCUCAAAUACACAAUGCACAUGUGCUUGCAUACACUCAUGUACACAAUCAACGGAGAGUUGAUAGGAAAACUCUCACAUGAAUUAUAUGAAUCUUCAUGUGGAUUUACACUCCCCACGCCCCUCCAGUGUUUCUGCAGUGUUGCAGUCAAGACGUUUGAGCCACUCUACAGGUGUCAGCUGCCUCCUGCUGGUUCAGGAUUAGUACUCUGUAGCGCUCCUCUGAGAUGCCCAGAGGCCCGUAGCAAGGGCCAGGGCCCGAACCUUAUCCAGAGAACACAGGAAGACCUGAGAUUCCUACCCAACUACAACGUAGUACAUUUACACUCGCACAAAUGUAAACUUUUAAUUUCUUUGACCCAAGCCACUGUCGAUGUUUACAAGAGUGUACAUUCUGUACUUAUAUCUCAACAGAAAAUGUACAUUUGAAGUAUACAAAGACGUACUGUAUUUGCAAUGUAUAAUUACCUAUGAAUGUUUAUUGACCUAUGGAAAACAAUGUAAUUUCUUUGAAUUUUUGUUUCUGAUAUGAUAGCUGUGACGGCUAGAUUGUAACUCAUUAAUUGGCUUUGGCUACUUUGUGUUGCUGUCUGAACUAAAUGAACUAAACUGUUCUUCUUUCACUCACAUCUGUUCCUACUAAUGGAUCUGGAGAAACCAGAGUCCUGUGGAUCUGGAGAAAAUGUAUGGAUAAAAACCUGGUCAAAUAAUGAUUUCAUUGUAGAGUUUAUGAAUACUGCAUGACAGUUAUUCAAGGGGAAGUGCUUUGCGAUGUCAUUGAUGUCAAGCGUUAAAUCGACGCCAUGUGCUUUUGUAUUGUGUGAAUUAUUUGUUUCUUUUAUAAUCCUAAAUGUAAGGAUUUUGACUUGUAAAUCUUGCCCACAGGUUUGAAUGACGUUGACCCAUUGUUUGAAUCCUAACGCUCAUGUCAUAACAAUGACUUGGGGUUGAGGAGGGUUGACAUUAUUCCCUGUCAGAGAAGAUGGUUAUUCUACUUAAAGUGGUCCUGUGUAAUAAUAACACCACUUUACGUACAGAGAUGAUCACAUGUGCCACUUUUAUGCCAUAAACUGCUGUAGAGUUCCUCUUGUAGUGUCAAUGACAUUGUAACUGUUUGACUGGAGAUGCUAUCUUAUAAACCACAAGCACUAUACUUUGCUUCUUUGUUUUGUUUCUAAAUAAAAAACUUAAAUGUAAA